GCCCCGCCCCGCCCCUGCCCUGCCAGCCCGCACUAAAUUUUCCAAAGGAGCUCCAGCCUCCCAGUCGACUAAUAGUCAACGCGCAGCCUCAUGUCUCCAUUGAUAUCGAGUUAUAUUAUCUACAAUGGAAAUCUCAGGAACCCAAAGAGACGUAUCUCUACCACCAUCAAACAGACAAACACAAAAACCCACGCUCCCCUUCCCCCUACCCAUACCCCUGCCCCUGCCCCUGCCCCGUCUCAGUCAUUCUGUUCGCGCUAGCUCAAACGAAUUCCUAAUCUCAAAGUUCUAAAUUCCUCCUAUUGUUCAUGGGCUCGCAAUAGCCAUGACCAAUCCCAGACACUGGCUGAUGAAAAUCAUGAAACGCUUCAAAUUCAGGUCAAGUAGAGAGGGACAGAAUGGGGAUGACUUGGAGCAGAUCGCUGCACAGGAGCAAAAAGUUUUCCCUUUUGCAGUUUUGGCCUCUGCUACCAAAAAUUUUCACCCAACUCACAAGCUAGGGCAAGGUGGCUUUGGACCCGUCUACAAGGGGAAUUUGGUGGAUGGAAGGGAGAUAGCAGUGAAGAAGUUGGCUCGUGGCUCAAAUCAAGGGAAGUCAGAGUUCUUGAAUGAGGCCAAGUUACUGGCACGUGUGCAGCACCGCAAUGUGGUAACUUUGUUGGGGUACUGUGCCCACGGCGAUGAGAAGCUGCUAGUUUAUGAGUAUGUUCAUAAUGAGAGCCUUGACAAGAUUCUGUUUAAAUCAGAUAGAAAGGGGGAGCUUGAUUGGAAGAGGAGGCAUGAAAUUAUGACAGGCAUUGCUAGAGGCCUUCUUUACCUUCAUGAAGACUCUCAUAAUUGUAUUAUCCACCGGGACAUCAAAGCUAGCAACAUCUUACUUGAUGAUAAGUGGGUCCCCAAGAUUGCAGAUUUUGGAAUGGCUCGCCUAUUCCCCGAAGAUCAUACGCAUGUUAAUACCCGUGUAGCUGGUACCAAUGGGUACAUGGCUCCUGAGUAUGUUGUACAUGGUCAUCUAUCUGUUAAGGCAGAUAUCUUCAGCUUUGGGGUUGUGGUUCUGGAGCUGAUCAGUGGCCAAAAGAACUCAACGUUUAACCUUGAUCUCGAUUCUCGGAAUUUACUUGAUUGGGCAUUUAAGCUUUACAAAAAGGGCAAGAGCUUGGAGAUUAUGGACCCCUCUUUGGCAUCCUCAGCCAUCCCAGAGCAAGUAGCAAAGUGUGUACAGAUUGGCUUGCUAUGCACCCAGGGUGAUCCAAACCUACGUCCGAAGAGCAUGCGCCAAGUGGUGGUGAUGCUGUCGAAGAAGCAUGGCAACCUGGACGAGCCAACCAGACCUGGUCACCCCGGUUCUAGGUACCGAAGAACUCGCAAGCCCGGAGCUUCAUUACCCUCCAACACCACCGGGAAUUCUAGCGAUUCUUCUUCCAAUACUUUGGGAUCUACCACCAACACAAACACAGCCACUGCAACAUCAUCAGCUUAUAGUAGAUCAGAUCCUUACGGGAAACGCCCCAUGCAGGAGUAGGAUUAUAGUUAGGGAAGUUUUUCCUUGAUUCUUUGUGUAUAAAAUAUAUGUAUAGGUGGCUAUUAUUGGUGUAUAAAUAUUUAAAAUAUUAGAGGAAUGAGUCAACUUUUAGUUCAUGCAUGAUUCUGCCACAGUUUAACAACUGCAUGUAUGUGAUUAAAAAGCAUUGAUUGAAAAACAUUUAGCGCGCCCAGCGUUUUUGCUUUGGGCCUGCAUUGGUGGGUAAAGCCGCCGACUCCA